AUGUUUGCAGUACCUGGUUGGUCUGUUUCGGCCUCUGCUCUCAAACCGCAGAGCGCGCCGCAAACUCAAACUCAGUCAAACGACCCGCCAAAAUCGAAUAACAAUGCGGGCCCGAAGAAGCGCAAGCGAGAUGAUCAGGUCACCAAGAGAAAUGUCGAUCAAAUGUACCGCCGUCACAUUGAAGGAUCGAAGCCUGGAAAGCCCAAUUCCGCCAAGCCUGGGCCGGCCGAGAAGCCCUGGAAGCGCAAACAGGAGGAGAAGAAACAAAAUCUAAAUUCAAAGGCCGCUGAAGGAUCAGAAGCAGCACCUGUGGGACAGGAUUCUGAAGAGAGCAAGGGCCCAAAGAGGAAGAGGAGGAAUAAGAAUAAGGGGGCCCAACCACAGGCUGAACAAGAAACCCAAGCAACUUCCAAUGAAGGCACUGCUGCUGAAUCGAUUUCAUCGGCCCCGCCAAAGACAGAGGCUACUCUCACACCUCUCCAGCAGUCCAUGCGGCAAAAGCUGAUUUCUUCCCGCUUCCGUCACUUGAACGAAACCCUUUAUACCACCCCGUCCACAAAGGCCCUCGAACUGUUUACCACGAGCCCAGAGCUCUUCGAAGAGUACCAUGCUGGUUUCUCUCGCCAGGUCAAAGAAUCGUGGCCUUUGAACCCUGUUGAUGGGUACAUCAGUGCCAUCCGCACUAGAGGAGCCGUCUCAUCUGCUCCGAAAAAGGGAAACAAACCAAACCAACAAUCCCGGGCCCUUCAAUUACCGCGACGACCGAAUGGUGCAUGCACCAUCGCCGACCUUGGUUGUGGUGAUGCACAACUCCACCGUGCUCUGAUUCCUUCCAUUAAGAAACUGAAUCUGAAGCUUCUCAGCUUUGACCUCCACGCCCCUAAAGACUCACCAAUCACCAAAGCCGACAUAUCCAACCUACCCACCGAAGAUGGAUCUGUCGACAUUGCUAUAUUCUGUCUUAGCUUGAUGGGCACUAACUGGGUUUCAUUCGUCGAGGAAGCCUGGCGAGUCCUCCGCGGCGAUGGCAAAGGCGAAUGUUGGGUCAGCGAGGUAAAAAGCCGUUUUGGAAAAGUCGUCCGCAAAAAGGCCCAAAUCGGCGCCAAACGGACCCUUACCAAAGCCGAGAAGAAGAAGCUCAAUAAGAAGAAGGGUGGUGAUGAUGAUGCCGGGUCAGAUGUCGACGACGCGGACGUCUAUGCGGAAGACUCCCGCCCUGCGCCAGAUGAUGAGACUGACAUCUCUGCAUUCAUUGAAGUUUUCAGGACACGAGGAUUUGUUCUCAAAUCUGAGUCUGUGGAUAAGUCGAACAAGAUGUUCGUGAAGCUGGAGUUUGUGAAGCAAGGUGGUGCUCCGACCAAGGGCAAAUAUGCAUCUACUACUGCGGCGCCAGGUCCUGGGAAGAAGAGGUUCAUUGAGAAGCCAGCUUCUGCGGAUAAUGGAAUGUCGCCGGAGGAGGAGGCGGCUGUUCUAAAGCCAUGUGUUUAUAAAAUCCGGUGA